AGCAGCAUAAUUAACUGUCUUAAGGAAGCCGAGCCUCUGCCAGCAGUGAGCUGGCAAGAAGAAAACACCUCGGAGGCACGAGCUGUGACGAUGACAGGGGACGCAGCCGCAGCUGAGCGAGGGGGAGCCGACCGCUAACUGCAAGCCGCUCCCCGUCCCUGGACAAAAGCUCCCUUCUGCGCCCGCCACGUUGCUCUGGGUGACCUUCCUUGGAUGCAGAGCCGGCCCCUGCGUGCAUCUUCCUCGGAUGCUCUGAAGGCCCGGGGACCGCGCUCCGAAGGCGAGGGAUGCCCGGCUGCAUCCGCCCGCGGAUCGUCUUUGUUUGCGCGUAGCCGGGAGAGGCCGCGGAGGUAGCUGGGACUCACGCGGAGGAUUCAUCCCUGCAUCAAGUCAGUACCUCUUCCCAGCCCCCAUGGGGACCACCGAAGCCACACUCCGGAUGGAAAACGUGGACGUGAAGGAAGAAUGGCAGGACGAGGCUCUGCCCAGGCCACUCCCAGAAGAGACGGGCACGGACUUGCUUGGAAGCCCCACAGAAGACACAUCCUCCCCUCCCAACACGCUGAACUUCAAUGGGGCUCAUCGGAAGCGGAAGACGCUGGUCGCCCCCGAGAUCAACAUUUCCCUGGACCAGAGCGAGGGCUCGCUCCUGUCCGACGACUUCUUGGACACCCCUGAUGACCUGGAUAUCAACGUGGACGACAUCGAGACCCCCGAUGAGACCGACUCGCUGGAGUUCCUGGGGAACGGCAACGAGCUGGAGUGGGAAGAUGACACCCCCGUGGCCGCCGCCAAGAAUAUGCCUGGGGAUAGCGCAGAUCUGUUUGGGGAUGGUUCAGCUGAGGACGGCAGUGCCGCCAAUGGGCGUCUGUGGCGGACAGUGAUCAUCGGGGAACAGGAACACAGAAUUGAUCUGCACAUGAUCCGGCCCUACAUGAGAGUGGUGACCCACGGAGGGUACUACGGCGAAGGCCUCAACGCCAUCAUCGUCUUCGCUGCCUGCUUCCUCCCGGACAGUAGCUCCCCCGACUACCACUACAUCAUGGAGAACCUCUUCCUGUAUGUGAUCAGCAGUUUGGAGCUCCUCGUGGCAGAGGAUUACAUGAUCGUGUACCUGAAUGGUGCCACCCCCCGGCGGAGGAUGCCGGGCAUCGGCUGGCUGAAGAAGUGUUACCAAAUGAUUGAUAGGAGAUUGCGGAAAAACCUGAAGUCCUUAAUCAUCGUCCACCCGUCCUGGUUCAUACGCACUGUGCUGGCCAUCUCCCGCCCUUUCAUCAGCGUCAAAUUCAUCAACAAGAUCCAGUAUGUGCACAGCUUGGAAGACCUGGAGCAGCUCAUCCCCAUGGAGCACGUGCAGAUCCCGGACUGCGUGCUACAGUACGAAGAGGAAAGACUCAAGGCCAGGAGAGAAAGCGCGAGGCCGCAGCCUGAAUACGUCCUGCCCAAGUCUGAAGAGAAGGCCGAGGCGGCGCUGGAGGACAGGUCUGCGCUGGCCACAGAAGAUCAGGAGACGAGCAUGUCCUGAGGUGAUGUGAGCACAGAGGAGGACACGGAAGAAGAUCCCAGAUGGCAAGAAACCUGCGUCAGAUGCCCUCCGGCCUGGAUCUUGUCCCCGCCUCAUCCUGAGUCAGUCUCCUGGAGGUGCCCGUCUCCUUCAUCUCCGAAACCCAGCAUCCUUUCUAGCUGCUUGAAAACAGUUUUUUCCAAGUGAUGCAGUAUCAGUGCGUUCUGGAAAAGGACCCAGCUCUCAACCCUCCACCCUUCCACACUCAUGUGCUCACGGCCCAGAAGAGCGAGAAGCGUUGAGCGUGGCCCAUGCGUCCUUGGCAGCCUCCGAGAGCCCUCCCACUGCACAACACCCUGGCCGAGACCCUUCUCUUGCCCGUCACCCGGCCUCGGUUGGAGCCACAGGUGCCCAACGCCUCCCUGGCCGGGUCUGGAUUCCUUCUUGUGCCUUUCCUCCCAGAACGGCCCCUGCAGCCCUGGGCAUCUGGCCCGGAAGCUGCGUUUCCCACCACAGGCGGCGCCACGCCCCGGGCACCACCUGGCCUUCGAGCUGACGGCUUCUCCUUUGACCAGUCCCACUCGUCUCCUCUAACUCUCCCCUUCUUAGGGAGCAGCAGGGCCCACAGUACCAGGGAGGGCUGCUGAUAAUCAUCCUUGCCCCACAGUUGCGAAACCGCACUCCCCUCAAUCUAGAACAUUCUCAAGCUCCUUGAAUGCAGAGGCCACGCCACAGGGCAACCCUGAUCAAUACCUCCUACUGAGGAAAUAAGCCUCCCCACUUCCCCGAUCCCCCACCCCCAGCACAGGGCUGGGAUGCAUCCCUCAGGCUGCCGCCAAGAGCAGAGACUGAGGCCAGCUCUGAGAUAAGCUCGUCUCAGAAGCGCAGACACAGGGCACUGGACAUUUGACGGUUACAAAGGUCACUUGGGAAAGCAAACCCCAGUGGCCUGGAUGCUGCAGCCACCCGCAUUCCAAGGGGGCAGGUUUCCUUCGGACAAAAACCAGACUUCUCUAGUGUGGCCCAAACACCAGUCAGGUGGGCUCUAGAGGUAGUGAGUUCCCGGUCUCUUGAAGCAUUUAAGAAAAGGCUGGAAGGUGCUUGCAGAAAGUGGUCCUCUACCAUCCCCUCCAAUCGUAAGAGUCUCUGUUUCCAUGAAUCUGAGCAGCAGUCGGGCAGGCGCAUUGUCCGGCCCCUCUUCCUGGCUCUGUGGCUGGCUUCUUAGCGGGUGUCACCGAGGUUUGAUUGAACCCCACCCCCGACAAUUUCCCAGUAGGAGAUUCUUGGCCGCAGCGGAGAUGUCAAACGCUUCUCCACCUAGGACAUCAGCGGGGUGCAUCUGGGGUUGUCCCAGCGGCAGGGGUGGGUGGCUGGUGGGGUCAAUGCUGGGGAGGGUGUGUGCUGGGCUUCCUGCACAUCAAGGGACUGUCCCACCCCAAAGGCCGGUGGCUCCGCCUUGAAAAAUGCGGGGUUUCUAAGCAGGCUUGGGCCUGCGUCUUCUGGAACCCAGCACUGCUCGCGUGGGUCUGGGGCACUUGGGGGUCUGGUGGGGUUUCUUAAAAUUUGGGUUUCUGCUUUUUCUCUCAAAUGUCAAAGAAAGGACAGGGACUGUGUCCUGGGCCCAGAUGAGUUACCUGGAGCCUAAGGUGGAGGGGCCUCUGCAGGAUGUUCUGCAGAGGGGGUAUGCCCCUCCAUCCUGGGGCCGCUUGUCCCCCACCCCUGCCCAGAGAGCCUCCUCUUACAAACGGUGCCUGGGCAUUUGCUGGGCCGCCCCAAAUCCAGGUUCAGGCAGCCGGCUCUGCUCAUCCAAGAUGGACGUGUGGCCCAGAAGGCCCCAAACUCCCACCCCCAGUGGAUGCAGUAACUUCUGGAAGGCCGGUGUCUCACUGAAAGUGCAAAAGGAGCCAGGAACAGACACAUUCUACCCAACUCGACAAUUGCUGGGCGCCUGCAGACGACAGAGGGUGGAAGCUACAGACCCUCCUGCCCUCAAGGAGCCUGCAGCCUGAAGGUUCCGGCCCCACAAGAAACUCCAACAUGGACCCCUGGCUCACCGCGGCCCACCCACCGUCACUCCGGACCACCAGCAGCCACAGACAAUGGGUAGGUGGAACCAAGGACCCCCAGCUCUGUCACAGCAGCCCCUCCAGAAAAGAGACCCCUGGGGAGGCCGUCUCCAGGCCGGCCACCUGUCCGCAGGUGUGUGAAGUUUCCAGGCACAGCUCCGGCCAGACAGGGCCGCCGUGUCCCGGCGGGCUGCUGCCCACACCCUCGGAAAUUGGCUUUGUGGUAGAUUUGUAUCUUCGGGGCACUUCUGGCCAAAAUGGAACGGACGUCGAGCCCUCCUUGUAAAGGGACGUUGGGUUUUCCUCUUGUGACACGUGGGAUGCGCCAUAAGUCCUCCCUCAGAGUCGUAGUUCACACGCCCAUCCUUCCGAUGGCACGUUUUGCGGUUUUUAAAAACAAAAAUGAUUCGUUAUGAUUACUGUCGUGAUGUGAAGACAUCAUUUCCAUGAGCUUUGGGGGGUUUUUAUGUGAAAUAAACUAUAAGUGAGAGGG